GAGCUCUAUAAGACUGACACAUGGACUUUGAAGUUCACAUAUUUGGUCUGAAUAUCUGCUCAAGGGUUUGAUUAAAACAUCUGAGAAUAUUUUUUAGAUAGUUUUAAUUUCACGAUGAAGUUUUUUGGAGUUCUGGUCCUCCUGGCGACUUUGUCUGCAGCAUAUGGGUUGAGAUGCUACCUUUGUAUUUAUGCCAACCCAAACUCGUGCACGGAAGUCAUGACAUGCCCUGCCGGCUAUGACCGUUGUGCCAAUGUUGUCACAGGCGAUGUUGUCACACGGGGGUGCUACACCAGUGCUGCAUGUGUCACCGCCGCCAACUGCUGUUCAACUGACUUGUGUAACGGCGCCAUUACAGCUGGCUCCAGUGUGCUCCUCCUGCUGGUGUCCUCAGCCAUCACCUCACUCUUUCUCUGAAGCUUUGGAGAACAUUUGACUUUUUUUUUCUCUAGCUAGUUUCAGUUAGUUUCUGUAUACAUGAGUAACAUUAAUCUAAAUUCUCUAUCUAUUUCUUCAGAAUUUGCUUUCUCAUUUACAAGACAACAGCAUGUGAGGUUUGAGUAUUUCUAACUUUGGCACCACCUGCUGGUUGAGUUAUCUAUGUAGUAGUUUUUUCUGAUAAUUGUUUAUUUCUGGAAGUUUUAUUAUUUAUAAUAAGCAUUAAAUAUUAUAUAAUAUGACCUCAACUUCUGUUGUUCAGCUGUGUUGUGAUUAUCUUAGCAUGCCUGAUGAUAAUGAUGUCUGUUCAAUCAAAACACUGUUCAAAUAAAGUUGCUGAGAGCUGUGAGUGCUG